CAUUCCCUUCCCGCACAAACAAAGCCACCCAAAAAAGUUGGGGAGAGGAGAGACCGAGAUCGAUCCGCACCCACCGCGACAAACGCUCUCCCCUCCCCUCCCCUCCCCCUCCGCCCUUCGCUCCCAUCCGCUCCGCCCCCUCGCCGCGCAGCGCCGGCGGCGAGAAGGUUGAGUUCGUGGGGGGUGUGACCGAACGAUGGCGUACCGGGCGGACGACGACUACGACUACCUCUUCAAGGUGGUGCUCAUCGGGGACUCCGGGGUCGGGAAGUCGAACCUGCUGUCCCGCUUCACGCGCAACGAGUUCAGCCUCGAGUCCAAGUCCACCAUCGGCGUCGAGUUCGCCACCCGCAGCAUCCACGUCGACGACAAGGUCGUCAAGGCCCAGAUCUGGGACACCGCCGGGCAAGAAAGAUAUCGAGCUAUUACAAGCGCAUACUAUCGCGGAGCAGUAGGGGCACUCGUUGUCUAUGAUGUCACGCGACAUGUCACCUUUGAGAAUGUGGAGAGGUGGAUGAGGGAGCUCAAGGAUCACACGGACGCCAACAUCGUGAUCAUGCUUGUGGGGAACAAGGCAGAUUUGCGCCACCUUAGGGCUGUCUCGACUGAGGAUGCGAAAGCAUUUGCUGAGAAAGAGAACACUUUCUUCAUGGAGACGUCGGCCCUGGAGUCAAUGAAUGUGGAGAAUGCCUUCACUGAAGUGCUCACCCAGAUAUAUCAUGUAGUGAGCAAGAAGGCUCUUGACAUCGGCGAUGACCCAGCUGCACCACCAAAGGGGCAGACCAUCAAUGUUGGUGGCAAAGAUGAUGUCUCUGCAGUGAAAAAGUCUGCUUGUUGUUCAUCAGCGUAGAUCGAAAGGACUUGACAAACAUGGAGAUACCCGAGGUGGUUGAUACUAUGCAGUAGGACACAGGAUGUUAUUGCAUUCAUAGACCUCAUCUGUAUUCAUGUGUUACUAAGUGUCUCCUUCGUUUUGCCAUUUGAAACAUUAAUUCAUUCAGGACAUAAUCUUGCCGGUAUAGUUUAGGGAUAUGAAAUUGUGAGGCCGUCAGAUUUUCAUACAGGCCAUUUGUUUGCUUCUAUUAUGGUUUGACCGCUUGAUUUAUUUAUAUGUUGCUGUCUAUUUUUCAGUAGCACAGUUCAUUGUC